AUGCUGCGACUUCGGAACUUAUACUAUCACACCGGCAAUCGCCUACCCUGUAUCCUACCGGUACAGACUCGUUCUAGUUGGAACUUGAAGGCAUCACCAAAUAACACUUGGUCAUACGCCCCAUCUCACAGCUACUCACAGUCUAGUGGACGAAGUGACGAUGUCAAGGAAGACUCUGUCAAGCGGGCGAAGAAGGGAGACACGAGGGAUCCAGGAGCAGCAGCAGUCGCAUCCGGGUUGAAGGAGAGAGAGGCCAACCAAUGGAUCGCAGAUGACUCAAAGUCUGGAGCGACAACAGAGAGAGGCGGUAGAAAGCAGGCUGCAAAGGCCAAAAGAGAGUACCCUGCUGCACCAGAGCCCAUUAUCGGAAUGAAUGACGAACGAGCUCGGAAGGGUGGUUAG